GCCGAAAUGAGGGUAAUGCAAUCUUUCUGGCGUAGCCAAGCAACAACAAUGUAUUUCCGAAGUUGCAUUCAGAUAUUAACCAAAUAGCAAAAACUCAUUUUUAAGUAAUGCAUUAGGCUUAUUUCUAGGUAUCAAAACAGUCCCUUAAGGCGUGUUUGAUAACAGGAAGUUUCUUCCAAAGACUCUGGAAGUUAUAAAUGUUCCAUCUUUGAUAAAAGUGAGUAGGUUAAACUUCCCCCAUUUACGCUUAAAAAAAAGUUCGGUCGAUUUAGAGAUGGAACUUAAAUUGGGAACUUCAAAGUCCCAUUACUGUAAAACUUCCCCCAUUUACGCUUACAAAAAAGUUCCGUCGAUUUAGAGACGGAACUUAAAUUGGGAACUUCAGAGUGGAAGUUCCUGCAUGAAGACCCUUCGCUGAGCAAGCUUGAAGACCCAAACUUAAAAGCUGAAACAAGGGUUUUUUUUACUUUUUACCUUGGCUCUCUCUUUCUGCUCUGGGCUCUGGUGCUCCACUAUCUACCUACACAAGCGUUUUUUUUACUUUUGAGUUUUGACCUUGGCUCUCUCUUUCUGCUCUGGGCUCUGGUGCUCCACCCUCUACCUACACGAUCAAGAUUCAAGGUAUCUCUUCCAAAAAUUUCAGGUGUUUUCUUAUAGUAAGAAAUGGUGGUGAGGCUGCGGUUAUCAAGAUUUGGAUGCAAAAACAGGCCAUUUUAUCGAAUAAUUGUGGCUGAUAGUAGGUCACCCAGAGAUGGAAAACACCUUGAAGUUUUAGGUUACUACAACCCACUACCAGGGCAGGAUGGGGGUAAGCGCAUGGGAAUGAACUUUGAUAGAAUCAAGUACUGGCUAUCUGUUGGUGGUCAGCCAUCUGACCCUGUGCAAAGGAUUUUAUUUAGAGCAGGUCUUCUGCCACCUCCUCCAAUGCUCGCCAUGAUGCAUAAAGGUGGGCCCCGUGACAACCGCGUCAUUGACCCUUUGACUGGUCGCCCUCAACCCACCACUGAACCUUCUCACAAAGAUGAGGCUGAAACCCCAGUUGACACUUCAAGCUCCUCAUGAGAGCUUAAGUUCCAGUCAUGUAUGUGACUAUCAUCUCUCUCUCUCUCUCUCUCUCUCUCUCUAUCUCUAUCUCUCUCUCUCAUAGGAACGGAAACGAUAUUUAAUUUGUUGUUACUUCGCUUAAUCAGCCAAAUUUUGCUAUAGUAUUGAGUUGUUAGACAGUAGAAGGUAUAAUGAUGUGAGAGUUGUAAUCUAAAAGACUCCUGGGAAGUUCUUAUUGAAUUCCUUAUCCGUCCUUAUGUGUCA